UUCUCGGACACGCGAACGCUCAACUGGAAGUAUACUCACGAAACACAUCUUGUCGUUGAUCUGUGUAUACCUGCAAAGUUACAAAUUCCGAUUUUUAGCGGCGUUUGAUUAUUUGUGUUUUUAAGAAGGGAUCGUAGAAAAAUUCUUCGCAAAAACAUUGGAAAAAACUGAUGUUUUCGUUUACGGUGGAAAAUUGAUCACUAUCUAAGGACUGGUGAAAACUGUUUGAAUAACAGGAACUACGUGGUUUAUUUGUUUGUAAAAUAGCAUCUAUGGGCCAAGAAAAAGUACACUCGGAUUCUGAUGCAAAUUCAGCGGAAGACAGUAAUAUUCACAGCGCAACGACCAAUAAUAAAGUUAACUCCAAAUUUGAUCCCGAAAAUAAGGAUAAAAAUGAAUCUGAUUCCCUCAGCGCAAGAAGCACAAGAACCCGUUCAUCGAAUAUAUUAUCUUUAAAUACAAACUCUGAAAAAAUAGCGCCUCUGCAAAAAACUGGAAAUGAAUUCAAAGUGCGUGUUGUACCUUUAGAAAAACUAUUGGAGAGACCAAUAGGGAAUAAAAUUAAAGAAAAUAAUAAACUGAUAUCGGAAACCCAGUCAAGGCGAUUGCCUGACCGCAAGAAUAGAAAUAAUUGUACAUUAAUAGAGUUGAGUGACAGUGAGGAUAGCGUAGGAGACCAGGAAAAAGAAGUAUCAAAACCAAAAAAAAUUAAAUCGCUUUUUGCAAAAUCAGGCGAGUUGGCGCAAGACGAAAAAUCGAAUCCUUUUGACGGAGUACUGCCCCGCAUCAGGCAGUGUACUGUUCGCAUAAAAAGGACAAUUUUUCCAACAUCUUCAAGUCUCUUAAAUCAAAAUUCGACUAUAACUAAAGUCAACGGUGGAGAUAAAACUAUAAAAAAUCAAAGCAAGGAAGAUCUUGGUUUUAGUAAAAAGAAUCCAUACCUCGAAAAAAAGUCAUCAGCAUCGAUUAGAAAACUAGUUAUGAAUUCUGAUUCAGAUGAAUCAGACUCGGUUACAUUUGAAAACGUUAACAACUUUGACGAUCAUUCUGAAGUGGAGUCGGAUGACAAAAGUAGUGAUAGUGAAGUGAUACCAGCACGCAAAAAGAGAGUUUUUAAUAAAAGAAAGAAAAGUAGUGAUGAUGAUUCCGACUUUACACCACAACCCGUUCCGAAAAAGCGUGGACGACUCCGUCGUGGUAAAGAUAGUAGUGAUGAUGAUGAUGGUGAUGACAAGCGAAAGGGAAAGGUCAAAAAGGAUGCUAAAUCAGAUGAUGAAGAUGCUGAUGAGAAAAAUAAAAACAAGCGCAAACAUAUCCGAAAAAUAAUAAAAACCAAGGAUCUCGACAUUACCACAAAGAAUGCUACUAAAGAGGAAGAAGAGCGACGCAAACGCAUAGAGGAACGUCAAAAAUUAUAUAAUCAAAUAUACGAAAAGCCGGAAAAUGUUGAAGUAACGGAAUUAGUACUAGACUUUGAUGAAGAUACUAAGAAACCAUUGUUGGAAGUAGAUAGAGGCAUUCUAAAAAAAUUAAAACCUCAUCAAGUAGCAGGUGUUAAAUUUAUGUGGGAUGCUUGCUUUGAAACCAUGAAGGAAGCUGAAGAUAAUGCUGGUUCUGGUUGCAUUUUGGCUCAUUGCAUGGGUUUGGGAAAGACAUUACAAAUAGUCACUCUGUCGCACACUUUAUUAGUAAGUUCAAGUCGAACAGGAGUAGAACGUGUAUUAAUAAUAACACCAUUGAGCACCCUUAAUAAUUGGGCACGUGAAUUCCAUCACUGGAUAGCAUUUGCUAAUAAACGUAAUGUGGAAGUAUAUGAUAUGUCCAAGUACAAGGACAAGCCAACAAGAAUUUUUAAACUAAAAGAAUGGUUCGAAGAGGGCGGCGCAUGCGUUAUAGGUUACGAUAUGUACCGUAUAUUAGCUAACGAAAAGGCAAAAGGUUUACGCAAGAAACAACGUGAAACAUUGCAGCAAGCGUUAGUCGACCCGGGCCCAGAUCUAGUUGUUUGUGAUGAAGGUCACUUACUGAAAAAUGAGAAAACAUCCAUUAGUAAAGCAGUUACUAAAAUGAGAACUAAAAGACGAAUUGUUCUGACUGGUACACCACUUCAGAACAAUCUUAAAGAAUAUUAUUGCAUGAUUCAAUUUAUCAAACCAAAUCUUCUUGGAACAUAUAAGGAGUAUUUGAAUCGUUUUGUGAAUCCUAUCACCAAUGGUCAAUAUACAGAUUCGACCGAGCGAGAUAUUCGCCUUAUGAAACAUCGAUCUCAUAUUUUGCAUAAAAUGCUGGAAGGAUGUAUUCAAAGGCGUGACUAUUCGGUGCUGGCACCAUAUCUGCCUCCUAAGCACGAAUAUACUGUUUAUACAACUCUUUCUGAUCUGCAACAGCAGAUAUACGAAUAUUACAUGACGACUCAGAGGGAUCUUAGUGGUUCUGAUAUUAGUGGAAAGGGAGCGCGUUUGUUUCAGGAUUUUCAAGAUUUGCGUCGCAUAUGGACUCAUCCAAUGAAUUUACGAAUGAAUAGUGAUACGGUUAUACGUAAACGACAGCAGGCCAAUGAAUCGGACUCUAUGGAGGAUUUUAUUGAUGAUGAUGAUGAUGAUGAUGUUGAGAGUGUUACCGGUUCGGAUACGUCUGUAGAUUCAUCGAAAUCAUUCGCCAGCGGUGGUGGUGGGGGUGGCAGUGGAAAUGGUGGUGUACAAAGUAGAAGUAAAGUUGCCCGUUCGUGCAGUCGCAAGCAGAUAGAUAAAGAUAGUGAUAUUGAAGAGUUGGAACCGCCGCAACCAGAAGCUGAUCCGUCAGAAUGGUGGAAACGCUUUGUUGAGGAAAAGGAGUUGAACAAUAUACAUCAUUCCCCAAAACUGGUGAUACUAAUGAACUUGUUACAAGAAUGUGAAGUUAUUGGCGACAAACUUCUUGUGUUUUCGCAAUCCUUGCAAUCUAUUGAUGUCAUCGAACAUUUUUUGUCAUUAAUAGACAGUAAAACUCGAGGAUACGAAUAUGAAGGUGAUGUCGGUGAUUUCAAAGGUUACUGGCAGCCGGGAAUUGAUUAUUUCCGUCUUGAUGGCUCAUGCUCCGUGGAAAGUCGUGAAGCUAUGUGCAAGAAGUUUAACGAUGUUAACAAUUUACGUGGCCGUCUGUUUCUUAUUUCAACUCGUGCGGGGGGCUUGGGUAUAAACUUGGUUGCAGCGAAUCGUGUUGUAAUAUUCGACGUAUCUUGGAACCCUUCUCAUGACACCCAAAGCAUUUUUCGAGUUUAUCGUUUUGGUCAAGAGAAACCGUGUUAUAUUUAUCGCCUAAUAGCCAUGGGUACAAUGGAGCAGAAGGUAUAUGAGCGUCAAGUAGCAAAACAGGCAACAGCUAAGAGAGUUAUAGAUGAACAACAAAUUUCUCGCCACUACAAUCAAUCUGAUCUACAGGAACUUUAUACUUAUGAAUUGAAACCAGCAAGUGAACGUGAAAUACCUAUUUUACCAAAAGAUCGCUUAUUUGCAGAACUGCUCAGUAAACACGAAACGAUGAUAUUUAAAUAUCAUGAACAUGACUCACUUUUAGAGAAUGAAGAAAGCGAGAAUCUUAAUGAUGCUGAACGCAAGGCUGCUUGGGCGGAAUAUGAAGCAGAAAAGACACGUAGUGUCCAAACUGCCCAAUAUAUGUCAUAUGAUCGAGGUGCUUUUGGUGGUCAGUUAGGCAAUUCGACUGGCGGAGUAACCUCCAAUCGUAUUUUUGGUUUUCGCUCAGAUGUACUGCUUCAGUUACUCAAUAUGAAGAUCGUAAAGGAUCAUCCGGAAAUAACGCAUACACAAGCUCUACAGCUUGUUCCCACAUACUUGCAACAUUUAUAUACCGAAAUGAAUAACAAUAAUCCUACAAUGUAUAAAGAGCUGUUAUCAUUACACGCAACACUUGCUCACCCAAGUGGAAUGUAUAUGAGUCCACUUUUAUACGCAAAUCAAAAUCCGAAUGCAGCAGGAUAUUACCAAUCGUCCAGUGGACAGGGUGGACAACAGGUGCCAGCUGCAGGAGAGAACUCACAAGCCACUCCAUCAGGUGCAGGAUUUAGUACUGCCCCACCUGGCUUCAAAGAGAAUGAGGUAUACGAGAUUGAUUAAGUGGAGAUUUCUUAGAAAAGAUUCGCUCCGUUCUGGCUUAAUAUUUAUGAAUAACUAAUGCACAGAGAAUGACGAACGAUCUAUAUUCUGAAUGUAAGGAGGCUCUGAAUAAAUUGUAUACAUUUGUGUUUGGAAAGUUUACAGUCCUGAUUGUAUCGGUACUUGCUCUUAGUUGUAGUGACAAAUAUGUAGUUGCCCCCAUGAGCACACUAAUUAUAUGUUAUAUAUAUUUUAAAAACACCAUCUUACAGAGUACGUAGAAAUAUCUCCGAAGAUAGAAUGUUUAAGUUUACUUUGCAUUGAGGUUAAUUAUAAGAAAAUACAUAUAUUAAUAAUACAUAAAUAUUCGUACAUAAGCACCUUAUUUUAUUAUUAUUAUUUUUUUUUCAAACACAAAAUUGCAAGCACAUAAAAUCAUUUGAGUGACUUUAUUCAAUAAAUAACAGAAACAAGAAAAUGUA